CAUUAGCAGCGGUAGCAAUAACAGCAGUAGCAACAGCAGCAGUAGCAUUAGCAGCAGUAGCAACAACAGCAGUAGCAUUAGUAGUAGUAGCAACAGCAGCAGUAGAAACUGCAGCAGGAGCAUUGCUGUUGGCAAAUAACGACUGUAUGAGCACAUGGAUGAGUGGGGAGGAGGAGGAGGUGGUCACAGUGAGGCUAUGGAAGUGAGACCCAUAUGAAUAGCAAGGUGUAUAACGUUAAUUCUCAUGCCCUUUAUUUACGCAGGAAAGCCUCGCCGAAUCUCAAGGUUCAUUUUCAGGAGGGUCCCCCAUUCAGUCACAUUAAACGAGUGUUUCAGAAUCAGAAUAUUUAUUUGUACUGCCGGAGGAAUCCGAUGAGCUACAAAGCUCCUUUUCACAGACGUCCGGUAGUUUGGCACGCUGGAGGAAAUAAGCGAAAACCCACGACGCACACAAGGCGGGGUAGACACUACGGCGUCGCACAGAUUGAUUCAGGUAUCCAUUGCUGCACCGCCAUUUCCUGGCCACCUCGUGGGCUUAGCCUGAACCGGAUCGUAUUCCCAAGCACGUGGCCUGCCAUCAAAGCACCAACCAAGGCUCAAUCCCACUUAGUUUGGGAGACCCCGUCGAAAAUCCAGGACAUUUGAGAACCGGGCGCGCGACUUCAUUCUGUGUUUGUUGUGUCAUUCUCCACCACCACCAAAGCGAUGAGAAAUCUCAGCGGCUCCACCACCACGGCCUCCUCGUCAACCACAACGCUGACAUCCAGCGAAGACCAAGGCCACCCGCGGGCCUUCAGGGCGACCGUGGCCGGCGUCUUGCUGCUCGAGAUCGCCCUGGGCCUCGGCAGCAACCUGACGGUGCUGGCCUUUUACGCGCAGCGCCGCUCGCACCUCGUCAACUCUGUGAGCAUCUUCGUGACAGUCAACCUGCACGUGAUCGACGCUCUGCUGUGCGCCGUGUGCGCGCCUCUCAGCGUCGCCUCCUUGCUCUGGGAGGUGGACAGGGAUGAUUGCGGCGGAGAUGGCGAUGGCUGGGGGUGGACAAUCGACGGAGAGCCGCCGCGGUCCAGCACGGUCGCCAGAGGAUCCCAGCUGGCGGUGGCCCACGAGGCGUGCGUGGCCUUCGCGGGCGUGUCCACGGCGGCCAACAUGCUGGCCAUCAGCCUGGACCGCUACGACAUCGCGGUGAGGCCCGCCAAGCGCUUCAUGACGCGGGCGCGCUCCGCGGGCGCCCUCGCCAUCGUGUGGCUCCUCUCCGCGGUCGCGUUCCUCACCCCGUUUCUCGAGUCGAACUUAUCCCCGGCGGCCGACUUCGCCGCGGGCGGCCACGUCGCGUCCGCCUCGAACGCGACGACUUCCAACCGACAGCAGCAGCAGUCCCACCACGACCGCAAUGAGCGGGAACAACAGCUUCAUCAGCGGCAAGAGGAUCAGAAUGCCCCCCUACAUCAUCAGCAACAUCAGCAUCAUUUGCCGAUGAUGAUGGCGGGUUGCCACUGGCUGCGCUACCACCUCGCCCUGCAGAUCCCCAUCUGCGGAGGCACCGCGGUGGCGAUGCUUGUCUUCUACUCGAGACUCGUGCGCGCGCUGCGCAUCAGGGUGGUGCCGAGCCGAAUGGCGCGGCCAGAUUCGCGAGGGCGCAACAGCAGCGGCAACAACAACAACAACCACCACCACCGCCGCCGCUGCCACCACCACCACCGUCGCAGCCGCCACAACAGCAUUGGGAUAAGCGGCUUGGCGCUCGCACGCAACGGAACUCCCAGAGGCGCCAACGUCGCCACCAAUGAGCACCCACCGUCGCGCGUUGCGUGUGCCGCGCGGCGCGAAGGAGCCCGCGGUGGCAGCGGCGGCGGCGGUGCUGGUGGAGGAGGAGCGGGAGGCGUCGGCGCCUCCGUGUCCGUCAUCCUCACCCUCCACCGCGCCAUCAAGCGCUACCGCCAGCGGCGCAAAAACCAGCGGCGCCUCUUCCGGAUGUCCCUCGUCAUCGUCUCCACGUUCGCGCUCUGCUGGCUGCCCCUGACGCUGCUCAACGCCGCGGCGCUCUGGAUGGGGCCCGACCCGCGGGGGGGGUCGUCGCGCGUCGCCCUCGCCCGGCCCAGGGCCGCGUGCCUCGCGGCCGCCUACGCGGGCCCCGUGCUGCACCCGCUGCUCUACGCCUUCUCCAGGCAGAAAGUUCGCCGGGCGCUGGCGGCCCGAGGGGUCGGGGUCGGCCUCGUGGUCGGUCUGGGGCUCGGGGCGGUGAGGCGGCGCGUCGAGGCGUUGCGCGCCGAGGACGCGUCCGUCGGGCGCCCGCUGGUCGAGACUCAACUCGUGGUGGCCCCGCAACCGAGGGCCCAACUCCAACCCGGUCUCUCGGCCGACCCCUAGCUCGGAGGGCUCGGGGGGUUGGUUGGGGGGCCUCACGGCAACCGGAAUCGCUCACGGGGUUCACGCAGCAUGGCGAGGCUAUCGCACCUGCUCCUCAGAGGUGUUUAUUAUCUACAAAACCGUGAUAAUGUAGGUUUUCUUUUUUUGGUCCACGUAACUCCUCCUCCCUCGACUGCUGCACCGGUGUCAAUGACCGAGAGAGAGUUGUCAUUUUGCAAGUGUGCUGCGAUUCUACGAGAUGUCCCGGGAGAAAUGGGACCCUUUGUCGUGGCAAUUCGACCCGUCGGUCCUGGUGCUAGUUUAAUCCGCUCUAACAUUCACAAUAGCACAGCAGGCAACGUGAGCCCCCGUUUCAAAAGGAAUCCAAAUGGAUAGGGAGUUGAUGUUGGGCAGGAUGUGGUGGUGGUGGUGGUGGUGAUGGGGGGCAAGGGGCAGCUCCGUGGAGGAGGAGGAGGAGAGUUAGUGGAGGAGAGAUAGAGACGAUCACGUUUCUCACGUCGAGUACGAAUUGUUGAUAUUUACCCACGAAAUGUGUUUUUACCUAUGGCAACUGUUAUCGUUGUUGAUUACAAAUAAAGGGAAGCAACGAAAAGAAACGGCGGUAAAUUCUAUAUUUUGGUUUGUUUGAAACACUCGGUUUUGGCAACAACAACUACCCCCAACGAAUGCAUUGCAGUAAUACGUCUGCGCGUCGGGGUUGCUUUCCUCUUAGUUUUAAUGUCCAGGAGGUUUUUCCUGGGAUUGUUAUGAAGCGCUGUGGGGCCCUUGUGUGAAUGGCGCUGUAUAAUAUACAAACUGAGUUCCACUUACUGAGUACCUCCCUCAACCUGAACGUCCUUCCCACUCGUCAUUACAUAAACCAGUGGCGUCACUAUCGAGUCGGACAAGGCUCUCCCCCCCCCAUACAUUUCACUCGUUGUACCCGGGAGGGCCCAUGCCCACCACGCUACGCCACGCCACUGGUUGUCAUUCACAAUUUUAUUUUAGCCAACAAAAAAUAAUUUUCUUGGGAUGGCCCAGUGGCACGCGAAAAUCUGGAGGAUACGUCUCAUUAAACGAGGUCACCGCACCGACCUAACAAAAAAAGUUGAGCUUAAUUUUGAGUCGUUACCAACCUAAAGUUUCGUAUCUUGGUAAAAUUAAAAUAGUUUUUUUUUGGGAGUGGUCAGCGUCCACAGGACUAAUAAUUCUUAACGUCGGGGCCCACGGCGUGGAUAGUGAUUUAUCUUUUGAUAUAGGACCCCUCCUUUCCACCGAGGUGUCUGAGAGUGCUGAACAUCACUUCUAAUCUCAAGCAGUUGAAAGGAAAACCUACGGUGACGUCUGUCCCUCUGGGCAACAGGUGACUCAACACGUGACCUGCAAACGGGCAUUAGUCUGCCAGACGGGGCGGAUGACUGCUGUGUGUAAUAGUAAUUAGGACGCAGUAAGAGCUGAUGGUUUAUAAUCCAAUACAAUAACAAAAUUUAAAUUGGCAAUCGAUGUUUCGCCCCUCGAAAACAAAAUCCUUAAAAUAAAAAAGGGAAUCGGGGAAACUGCAAUCGUCCAAAAAUCUGUUAAUUGGGGCGCAUCGCUUCUUGAAGGCGCUAAUUUGUCGUUGAGAGUGGGAUAAUUGGCUCGUGGUGAGACUCAAAGACCUUCUAGUCCGAGCAUUUCCCGUCUUACUUCUCUGCCAAUUGGUACCGCGUGCGACGAAGCUCGGAGGACAAUCUGCGACGGAGCUCACGGGACAAUGUUGUACUGUACUCCUGUGGCGGUGAGAAAGCGUGGAAUUAAAUAAGGCCCUCCCCCUCCGGGUUUUUUAUUUUCUCCGCGCAACGCGUGGGCUGUCUACCGCUGCUUAAGCGCCACACGCGCAGUGGACAGACACGCCGCUGGCUUGCCACGAUGGCCGGCUGUAGUAGUUCGUCGUGCACGGUAGGAAACCUGGGGGUUGGUGGAUCACGCACCGUGAUAUUACUCCCACCGCCGAACGGCCAUGCCACUCUGUGG